AUGGAAAGAGAAGCAGAGAACAAGCUAGUGCAGGACGGCAGGGUGGAGGAGAGGACAGUGGAGGAGAGGGGUUUCUAUGUCCGUGUGUUUGGUGUGGAGGAGGGGGUGGUGAGGGGGGGUGAGGUGGUGGGCAGGUGUGAGGUGGGGCUGAAAGAGCAGAGACCAGACCAGGAACUGUCUCUUCAUAUCACCCGGCAGGGGGGCCCCCUGCUCAACAUUUAUGAUGAAGUCUUCUACAGCCCAGUCGAGACCCAGUCUGAGGGAGAGAUGCUCUCUGUCCUAAUGCUGGUGGUCAUGUUCUGGAGCCCAGUUUCCCAGGCUCCAGUCACGGAUGAACCUCCAGGUUCUGAUGUAAGGUUGGUGGGUGGAGGUCGUCGCUGUGCUGGUAGAGUGGAGAUGAAACACCAGAAAAAGUGGAGACAACUAUAUGGAAAGUCUACCUGGAGCAUUAAGCAUGCAGCUGUAGUAUGCAGAGAGCUGGACUGUGGAUCUCCUGUUUUAACAAGAGGCUAUAAUGGUGGUGAAUAUCUUCUUGCGUGGGAGUUUGUAUCUAACUGUGCUGGGACUGAGUCUGCUCUGAGGGAGUGUGGACACAUGAAGAACACAUUCAACACUUACUCUUUCACAGAAGUGAUCUGCUCGGAGUCUGUGAGGCUUGUGGAGGGAACUGGUUGGUGCUCUGGCAGAGUGGAGGUGAGGUCUGAUCAGUCGUGGGUCUCAGUGUGUGAAGCUGACUUUGACAGGCUGGAUGCAGAGGUGGUCUGUCAGGAGCUUGGCUGUGGGGCUCCUUCAGCCCUCCAGGGGGCAAUCUAUGGAGAAGGGAAAGGUCCACUCUGGGAUAAAGAGUUCCAGUGUGGAGGCAAGGAGUCCCGUCUCCUUGACUGUGACACCUCAGACUCACCUAGAAACACCUGCUCACCUGGCAGUGCUGUUGGACUCACCUGCUCAGGUUUUGAUGUGAGGUUGAUGGAUGGAGGUAGUCGCUGUGCUGGCAGAGUGGAGAUCAAACACCAGGAAGAGUGGAGACUACUGUACAGUUUUAUUUGGAAUGUAAAGCAUGCAGCUGUAGUAUGCAGACAGCUGGACUGUGGAUCUGUAAUUUCAACAAAAAUUGAUGUUGGUGAUGGAGAUCUUCCUGCAUGGGGGUUUACAUCUUACUGUGCUGGGACUGAGUCUGCUCUGAGGGAGUGUGGAACAGUAAAAGAAUGGGUCAGCACUUAUGCUGUCAUGGAGGUGAUCUGCUCAGAGUCUGUGAGGCUUGUGGAGGGAGCUGGUCUCUGCUCUGGCAGAGUGGAGGUGAGGUCUGAUCAGUCGUGGGUCUCAGUGUGUGAAGCUGACUUUGACAGGCUGGAUGCAGAGGUGGUCUGUCAGGAGCUUGGCUGUGGGGCUCCUUUAGCCCUCCAGGGGGCGCUCUAUGGAGAAGGGAAAGGUCCACUCUGGGAUAAAGAGUUCCAGUGUGGAGGCAAGGAGUCCCGUCUCCUUGACUGUGACACCUCAGACUCACCUAGAAACACCUGCUCACCUGGCAGUGCUGUUGAACUCACCUGCUCAGGUUCUAAUGUGAGGUUGGUGGAUCGAGGUAGUCGCUGUGCUGGUAUAGUGGAGCUCAAAUAUGAGGAAGAGUGGAGACAACUGGAAAUAAGGUCCAUCUGGAGCAUUAAGCAUGCAGCUGUAGUCUGUAGAGAGCUGGACUGUGGAUCUGCUGUUUCAAGAAGACAAUAUCGUGGUGAUGAAGAUCGUCCUGCAUGGGGGUUUUCAUCUCGCUGUGCUGGGACUGAGUCUGCUCUGAGGGAGUGUGCAAACGGGUGGAACACAUUCAACACUUCCUCUGUCACAGAAGUGAUCUGCUCAGAUCUCCUGUCGCAGCCUGGUAUCUCCCUGUCUUCCUCCAUGCUAGGGGCCUCCCAGGACCAGCAGCAGGGGCUGCAGGUGUUCAGGGACCACAGCUUUACCAUCACCUGCUCCAUCCAGCCACAGUACCCAGGAGGCUCCUUCCAUGUCAUCUUCACUGGCUCCAACACAACCCUGACACAUACCCUCACAGCUGUCAAUCACUCUGCCAACUUCCUGUUUCCUGCUGCAGACCACACCCACCAAGGGAACUACAGCUGUGUUUAUGAAGAGUACGUUUUCUCUCAUAACUUCACCUCUGAGAGUAAGCUACUCUCUCUCACUGUUGCAGCCAAUCCUCUGCCAGCUUUCAUCAUCAGAGUGGUAUUAGUGUUGCUGACUCUGCUGACGUCCAGCACUGCCCUCUAUCUGUACUUUAAGACCACCAGGAAGCCUGCAGAGAGGGGGAGCAUGGAGCUGGUCUCCCUGCAUUUCAGUGCUGAAGCUGGGCCAGGAAAGGAGAGAGCAGACCUGAGGAUGGAGCAGGAGGAGAGUGCUGUCUAGACGCUGAUCUGAGGUCAGUCAUGGAGUCCCUGCCAAUGGUGACUGGCAGCACUGAGGGAAGCUAGUCUGAUCCUGGAUCUGCUAGCAACGCCAUUCAAAAAAAAGAUUAUAUGACUCAAACGAUUUCUUCACUUAUCAACACAUUUUUAUGUGAUCACAGUUAAUUUUGUUAUGAUUAUUUUUAUUGUUAAAAUUUGUUCUUUUUUCCUUGCUGCUUUUUAAAAUCGCAAUUGUCAUGGCAACAGCAGUUGAUUGUUUAAUACUACAUUUUUUGUACCUUGCUGAUAUUUUUCUACUCUCAAGUGUUUUUUGAUGUCGUUUUUACUGUAAUAGGAAUAAGAUGUUCGGUUUUUGGUUCAGAAUAAGAUUACGAGGGGUGGGGUGUUAAGAGGGCAAAUAGUUAUGAGGAAGCCAUGAGGAAGCUAUGAGGAAGCUAGUCUAAUCCUGGAUCUAUUAGCGACACCAUUUACAAAAAAGAUUCAAAUUCCUUUAAUUUUACAAUUAUUUUAUGAAUAAAGCUUGUUUUGUAUUUGACAAGUUUUGCUUUAUGAACACAUUUUAAUAUGACGUAAUUUUGUGAUGAUUGUUUUUAUAGUAAAAGUGUAAAAAAAAAUGUUUAUUGCAAUUGUAAUGGCAACAGCAGUUGCGUGUUUAAUACUUAAUUUUUUCUAUCUUGCUGAGUGUUUUUUGACGUUGUUUUUAAUAAGAAUACGAUUUUCGUUGUUAAGAGGUCAAAUAGUUAAGAGGAUUUGAAUUUGUUCUCCUGGCCUCCUGACAAUAAAGUUAGUUAAAAUGAA